CUUUGUCUAUUUUCUAUUUCACAGCUUAUGAUAACAUUUUAAAUAGAUCCCAUCUCAAAAAUGGUGUUCAUCAUUAAUUCAAGCAUCGAAACCAACUUUUCAAGCUUUGACAGGAAUGCAAACACCACUAUCCUAAAUGACUCGCAAUUGGCUUACAAUGUGGAUGUGUUCAUCCGUUUUGCCUUAAUUGUCAUUCUUUUUAUCACCAUGGUGUCUCUUGGUUGCACAAUGGAGAUUUCAAAGAUCAAGAACUAUCUCAUCAGACCCAAAGGGGUGGCGAUUGCAGUUGUAGCUCAGUUCGGCAUAAUGCCCCUCACAGCCUUCAGUCUGGCAAAGUUGUUCCAGUUAGGUCCUAUGGAAAGUGUCACUGUGUUCAUUUGUGGGUGCUGCCCAGGAGGAAAUCUCUCGAACAUAUUUUCUCUGGCUCUCCAGGGGGACAUGGACCUCAGUAUUGUGAUGACUACUUGUUCCACGGUACUGGCAUUGGGUAUGAUGCCUCUGUUGAUCUAUCUGUACUGCCACGGUUUCUCAAACCUUGAGAGUGCUGUUCCAUUCACUGGCAUCACUGUAGCCCUGAUCUUGAUCCUGGUGCCCUGCGGUAUUGGCAUCCUGAUUAACCACCGUGUGCCACAGUAUUCCAAGAUCAUAACCAAGGUGGGGUUGACUAUCAUGCUGAGCUGUUUUGUUGUCAUCUGCAUUCUGGUUGGUGUAACCGAUGGAGUCACAAUUUUUAAAGUGACAUCUUCUCGACUUGUAGCCAUAGCUGCACUGAUGCCACUGAAUGGAUUCAUAUGUGGAUAUAUCUUGUCAACACUCUUCAGGCUAAACAUGUCUUGCAGACGGACUAUUGCUGUGGAAGUAGGAUGUCAGAACAUCCAGCUGUGUGUCACAAUCCUUAAGGUGGCCUUUCCAGCUGAGCUCAUUGGUCGGCUAUAUCUCUUUCCUGUCAUCUACAUAGUGUUUCAAAUAGUCGAAGCCAUUAUCAUAAUAAUCCUGUUCAGAUUUCUACAGAGACUUAGAUCAUCCCCAAAAGAAACGAAUGUCUACAGAGCAGAGGAAAGAGCAGCUGAAGAAACGAAUGGGUCCUCUAACAGUGAUAAUUGAGGGAACAACACCAACACUGAAACUGAGAAAAAUGGCUUCCAAAUUUUUGAUUGUCCAAGAAAAUGUGAGUAGUAAAAUAGUCUCAUCUGAUCUGAGCAUAGCUGAGCCAAACCUGUUUCUCACAGGAUAGAUCAUAAUCUAUAAAAUAGACCCAAUUUUCGUUACAAUAAAAAAAUUUACAAAAUGUGUAGUUACAGUUUUGUAUUUUGCAAAAAAGAGCUCAUGAAGUUGAAAGGGCUUGAGGAUUUCUUUUAGACAAAAUAUGACGAAGAGCAGAACCGUUGUACUCCAGUCUUGACAUUGUAGCAGAAUGAUUAAAUGCAUGUAACUAAAACAGUGUUUAUUGAUCGAGUGUAUUAAUAAUUCUGAAUGCUUGAAAUGCUUAUUUCAAUUAUUUAAACAGUUGCAAAAAUACCUCUGAUCUCAAUAAAUGUGUACUAAUGUCUUCUCAACUGGAACACUGACAAUUUGUAACAGUGCUUUGUUUACAAAAUAAUUAACUAAAGGAAUGUACAAGUAUAUUUUUGUUCUAUAUGUACUUUCUGGUUUAUAAUUGUACUGUAUUUUAUCAUUUCAAUGUGGUUUCCUUUGUUAUUGUGAUACAAUAUUUCAGAUAAUGUGAUUCUCAUUUGGGAAAAACACACAUUUCAGAUAAACAAGCUCUAGACUCACUCUUCCACUGGCUCACAUUCACAUAUCACAGAUUUGUAACAAUAA